AAAAAUUUCUGUUGUCAUCCACCCUGACCGGCAAGCAAGACCAAGACACUCAGAGUUUAUGCUGCAUUGCUGUGAUUAUCUGGACGAAGCUAUCACGAUGCCCUCACAAACAAAAUGAGGGUGAAGCAACACGUAUUGAUCUAUUUGGCAUUAGAACUUCCUUCAUUUUUGGCAACGGAGUGGUGUCCAUCUGUGCAAACAACAUACACAAAAAAUCAAUUGGAUAUUCUGAGAAGGCUUAUAGAAAACAAUUUAGUACAUUUGAACCAGUUACAUCGUCUUGGACAUUUAAAAGCUUCGGAAAAAGUUAGCGUAGAAGAGGAUCCGGAUGGGUUUAAAACCAGAGCUACAAACGCGGAUGAUGAUUUAAAACUAUUUGCUAUCGGAGCCUUCACCAAAAUGAUUGAACAAGUUCUAUGUGGGCAUUUCAUGUGUUUAUAUGGUUCUACUUGUAAGAUCAGGUCCUUGAGCAACGUGUUCAUCAGCUCGGCGGCUUCAACUGCUGGCACAAUUCGUUCUAUACUGGAAGAAACGUUUGGAACUCGAUUAUAUUGGGAAGGAUGGAGUAUGGAUUAUGAACUGCAGCAGAUUCGAAAAUACUAUGGUGCGUUUCCAAAUGGGUGGUUUUUCUUCAAAUCACCUGAUGAUGCAAGAUCAAUGCCAAACACAGCUCAUGACUUUACUCUCUUUUCAAAUCCCGAGCCAGGGUACUAUUUUCCCAAUCUCGAAUGGUUAUAUGUGCAUCUAAUGUAUGCCCUCUUACAAGAAUUUCUCGACGAUAAAUCUAGUUGCAUUUUACAAGGCUUGUCUGAUAGAUUUGCUUACUGUGAGUGUCCGCCCGGAUUACAUGGUUUACAUUGUGAAAAUUGUAAAUAA